AAUUGAAUCACCCUAUAUAUUCACUCCUAACCUAACAGUUUCAAUUUUGCACCGGUAAUGAACUUUAGAAUCUUAUCUUUACUAAGAUUAAGUAAAAAAACAUUUUUCCUCAAUUACUCAUCCAAAGCACAAACAAAUUUCAAAAUGUCAAGCUGGGAAAAGGAAAAAAAAGAGUUUCUUUCGAUGCCAUUAGAAGCAAAAAGGAAAGUGUACAAAUGCAACAAGCCUGUACUGUUGGACGACGUUCCUACUUGGGCAGAAUAUGCCGAAAUGCAAUCGUCCUUGCCAGAGAAAAUACCUCUAUUGACGACCAAUCAAAUCGACAAUGCGCAAAAUACACAAUUGGCAAAAAAGAUUAGUAUGUUUCGUGGUGAUAUUACCACAUUGGAAAUUGACGCUAUCGUUAAUGCGGCCAACAAAACCCUGUUGGGCGGAGGUGGCGUAGAUGGAGCAAUCCAUCGUGCAGCCGGGCCAUGUUUAAAACAAGAAUGUCAAACUUUGCACGGCUGCCAAGUUGGUGAAGCCAAAUUAACAGGCGGAUACAUGUUACCAGCAAAAUAUGUAAUUCACACGGUUGGCCCUCAAGGUGAACAACCAGGUUACUUGGCGGAGUGUUACAAAAACAGCUUAAACGUAAUGAAAGCACAGAAGCUGCGUACAAUUGCUUUCCCAUGCAUUUCAACCGGUAUAUAUGGCUAUCCUUUAAAACCUGCCGCUCAUGUUGCUAGUAUGGAAGUUCGCAAACAUCUGGAGUCUAAUUCUGAUUCAGUUGAUAGAGUUAUAUUCUGUUUGUUUUCAGAGGAAGAUGAAAUUUUGUACAAACAGAUUCUGCAGUCCUAUUUCCCAUUAAAAUAAGUUGAAAUAUUGACAUUUACUUCCAUUGCAUGUAUGUAGGUGACCAUUAUUAAUAAAAUUUGAUAUAUCGCC